AUGGAGAACGACGACCCUCAACUCUACCCAUAUGGCACCCCCCAGCCCAGCAAUUCCUUCAAGCGUCCUCGCCGCAGUCUGCAGGGCUCCAUGCCCUUGAGUAGUGUAUCCGAAAGCGCGACCUCGUCACCGCGCCACUCCGCCCACGGCUCGCUCAACCCUACCGUCAUCGACCACAUCCAUGGCCUGAAGCAUCUCGACGACCAACAGAUCCUGCUGUUGUUGCAGGCGGCGCGCAAUGGAGAUGGCAUGCGCCCAGUGCCGGACAGGUCGUCCAUCAUGUCCACAUCGACUCUCGGCAGUCGCGCAUCGUACCUGAGCGUGCCUUCCAGCAGAGUGCCGAGCAUGAUGUCGGACCCACGUUCCUCGAUUGCGUCGACCGAUUCGUCCUUCACCCACUACAGCACGGCCUCUUCACGCAUGUCCACCGCCUCCUCCCGCCUGUCCACCAUUUCCACCGCGUCGACCCCAGCGCCCAAAAACUUUGCUUGCACGUUCUGCGACAAAGCCCUCAAAUCGAAGCCGUACUGGAAGUCACACGAGGAGGAAUUCCACGAGCAGAGGCUCACAUGGCGCUGCCCCGACUGCGAGCAGAUCUUCCACGCCGGCAAGCGUUUCCGUGAGCAUCACACCAAGCUACACGGCUGUGAACACUGCAAGCAGCCACGAGAGAGUGGACAACCGACCAGCAGAAAAGCUUCGCCGUGUGUCAAGAAGUACGAGAUCGUUAUGCACGACAAGGAUGCUUGGGGUUGCGGCUUCUGUGCCUCCCUACUGACCACUUGGGAGGAACGGUGCGAGCACAUCGCGUUGCAUUUCGAGGAGAAAGGAGGCUCAAAGUGGAACUUCACCAACGUUAUCCUGGCACUGCUGAAGCAGUCUGACGCUGCGCUUGCGUGGAAUACACUCCUGACCCAGCGCCACGGAGACGAUCAAAACUGGCCAAAGCUGUCCUGGGAAUCGAAGAAAUGCAACCGCCUACGAUACAAGCUUGAAACCAAGUGGCACACCAGUGCUUUCGACGUUGAGAAGUUGGUCCAGGAUACCUACGACCUGGCUGAAAUCGAACCAAAAGAUGUCGUCGAGUCCGCUCCGGAGAUGACCCCCGACGUCUCAGAGCCCAAUGACUCAGCCCACAGCGAAAUUGUCGAAUUCAAGCUUGAAGCCUCCGAUUUUGCAUCUGACUCGAGAUUGCAGAGCUCGCAUGGUGUUUCACAAGACCAGCAGAUGAUGGACUUGGAUCCUGUCGAACCUCCGCAGGUCAUGCACCAUCAUCAAACGUUUCAACAGAGCCAAUGGCCCGUCACCACCGACAUGUCGCAACCGCACUUGACUGCGGACACAAGCAUGGGAGCGUAUGGAGGAUACAACGCGAGUAUGGCAACCUUGUCAGCAUCCUUCACACAGCCACUGCAACAACAGAGCUUUCAGCAGCAACAAACCUGGCCAAAUACGGACUUUGUGUCCACCCCCGACCUAAUCAACUUUCAACAGCCGACUUCGUACAUGAACUACGCGCCGCCGAAGGAAGUUGUUUCUGUCCCAACCUCGCAGUACGCCAAUUUCGCCCACUACCCUCAACAACAGCAACAGCAACAACAACAGCCUCAACAGAGGCAGAGCGUCCCGCCCAACUUCAUGCAACACUCCAACAGUACAUCGUCGACAUCUCGAAAGUAUGUCCCCAAGCUAGUGAAUAUUUCUGGCAACAGCCAUCGAGGCCUACACCCGGAACAGCAGCCACCUGCACCUCCUCCCAAGGACGAAACACAAGGCAAUCGUUUCUCCAGGAUGAUCAUGCGAAGGAAGCCAAGCAAUAUAUCCCAACACAGCGGCCAACGGGACACCAUGAAUUGGAACAAUGAGCUGAGCUGGGGGUGA